GAGAACUUCAAAAUUCAUCAGGGAGGCGAUCAAGGAAAGCGAGGAGCAGAGGAAUAAAUAAUGGAUCGCAAGACGCGUCGGGCCAACUUCAAAAACCUGCAGCCUCGAUCGACGCGAAGCACUAAAGCACCCACUGAUACAUUAUUGCUAUCAAACUUUUUUGCCACACCCGAGGAAGCUGGAGAGAAUCCUCCAUCUCCAGCUGCAGUUCUUGCAGAGCCUGAUCCUCCAGCACCCAAAAUCAAACCAAUACGCACCAGCAAUGUGUUCGAAAAACCUGGUCCCAAGCCAAAAAAGGCACCCAAACUUAAGGGAAGCAGUGCCUCAUCCACGGGUGGUGCCCGUCGAGGACGCGGAAAGAGCAAACAACAGCCCAGUAUCAGCAACUUCCUGCGGAACGAACAGAUCUUCGCCGAGGUGACCGCCCAGCACUGCAUGGCGGACAACUUCAGCCCGGAUGACAUUGAAAUGGCGCUGGCGCUGUCCAAGUCGGAGGCUGAGAAGCGGGGGCUUCUGCGCUUAAACGACGAUGAGGACGAAGUGGUUAACCUCGUCGAUGAUGAAGUGGCGUCUACGGAAAAAAUACGGCUGAAACUGCAGAAGUAUGGCUUUCGGACAGCCGCCAAGGAAGAUUACAAAUCCUUGGCGGUACUGCCUGUUGUGGCAGGAAAGGGUGGUAGACGCGGCAAGUGGGCUAAUAAGUUCACUGCCCUAACCUUACGCAAUCCGGAAGUGCAACAGAAGAAGCUGGAUGAGAAAGUCUCCGCAUUGCUGGCUAAACAAGUGCGCACCAAGAAGCCUCAGGGCGAAGACAGCUUGAUGCCGACUUACAAAGUGAUUAGUUCAUACCUUCAUCAACUCCAAGUUAAAUGUGAAUCUCGAAUAAUACGGGAACCAGACGAAGGUGUCAUAGAAGAUUUAAGUUUAUACUACGUAACCGACUUGAUUGAAGUUAGCCAAGCGCCUGCCCACCAUCUUCUAAAGAAUUGGGCUGCAAUACAAGGAAGGGAUUUAUCUCCAGAGCGUGAGACCCAGAAAACCCGCCGACUGAGACUACAGCUUGAACUUGUGUACGAGGAGUUGGAAAAGCAUUUCGGAGAUCAACAGAAGUUAGAUCAACAAGUGAUCGAGGCACUUGAUGAACUAGAAAAGCUGGUGGCAGAGAACAUGAUCGAGGAUGACUCCAAAGUGGAUUAUAAUUUGGAGGCAGAAACAUCCUCGACUAGCAGCAGUCCUUCGAAGGAACCGCCAGAUAAGAGACCAAAAAGGUCAAUGGAUGAUAAAGAAAACAUGCAACCAGCAACUUUACCAGCUUGCUUAAGCGUUCCCAAUCAGAUAACUCGAUGCACUUCGCCCGAUCUGUUUGCUGAUUCGGAUGAUGAUCUGGAUAUGGCAACGAAUUCUAUUUCUAACGAACCCACGGAUGUAAAGGACUUUUCUAUGAAGGUUUACAAGAACAUUAGUAUUAGUGAACGAUCGUCUCCGGUGAAGGAAGUGGAAAUUCAAUCCAGCAAUGAAGAUCCUACUCAAAUAUCGACAUAUGAGGUAUUCUCCAGUGAUGAAGUAAAGAUUGUAUCCAACGCUACACAGAAAAUGACUGCUUUUGAGGAUAAACCUAUAGAAGACUUUAUUGAUCUUACUCAAGAGUUUGAAAUGAUAGAAUUUAAUGACCCAAACUCGAAGAUCCUAAGUUUAAUUGCACCAUCUGAAACCGAUUUCAAUAGUGAGAACUUAAAUGAGGAUAUUUUGUUAGGUUCCAGUAGUCAGGAAGAAAGCUGUCCUAUUUCCAAAGUGCAUAAAUUUUCUUUGUGGACAGCAGAAGACGAUGAAGAUAAAGAAGACAUUUCCUUAAACAUGGAAAAAGACACCCAAAGUUCCGAGCAGUCAUCAUUUCAUCUAGACAUUAUCACCACACCAAAUGACACUAAACGAAGUUCGAGUUUUAGUGAACUGAACUUUUCUAGGAACUCGAUGCGAAGGAGCGUUAGCUUAUCAACUGAUCACAGCUUUAAGAGUCCGCUUAAUUGGAAAAUCAACCUAUCAGCUGAGAAGAGGGUAUCCCCAGCUCUUUGUGCUUAUAAGCACUCGGAUACAAGUUUUGAUUUAACCCAAAACAGCGAUGACGAAAAUGAUGUGAUUUUGCUUUCCGAUGAGGAAAUUAAUUACUCCAUUUGGAAGGCCAAUAGGACGGUUAAGUUUCAGGAUGUUGAGGACGAAAGCUCGGACAGUUGUUUUGCUUCUCCAGUAUCUAAGAAGCGAGCUGUUCCACAUUUUCAAACUGAAGACGAUCUGGAUGCGUUCCUAAUGGCCUUUCCUUCGGAUAGGGAUGGGUUACGAAAUUCACACUCGCCCAACAAGAGCGUCCUUAGCAAGGAGCGUGCAGAGUUUGGGAUAUUAGAUGCGGCUCCAUCACAGCCAUUUAUUUUUUCACAACUGCAGAGCCCCGUCAUAAAAGACUCGCCAACGAAUAUCGAUAUUAACUGGGCAGAAGCAUCGUUUUUGGAUGCACCAGUGAAGCCUUUUGCCCGCAGGAGUAGUCACAAAUUCAAUGACCUUCUGGCGAAAAUCGACCAACCUGACGACUUUGAUGAAUUUGAUCAGAUGGUUUUCCGAAACGCCAAAAAUACCACUAUUGCGGCGGAAGCAGAUGUCAUGCCUAGUGGUCUGGAUCUUUUGUUGAAGGGGGAAAUUAAAACACCAGCAAGGCCAGAGCCUUUGCGUGAAAAAAAAUCUCCUGUAGUGCCGGAUCAAGUAGAGGUAGAUGGAAAUGUGUACACCGUACGUGUGUGUCAAACCCCCAAACCCGAUUUCACUACCCUUUCCGAGUCGGAGAUUCUACAACAACUUUACAACUACGGAAUUAAGCCCCUUAAACGCAAGCAGGCCAUAAAAAUGCUAGAGUUUAUAUACAAUCAAACGCAUCCCAUUAUGCAGACUGCUGUUGAUCAGGAUUUGCCACCCAGAACUGAGCCCCUUGGCCGAUCUAAAUCCACUCCUGUGAUGAUGGCGGAACCCCGCUACCAAGUAGUCAAAUCAACUACUGAGGCCUCGUUCUCCCUGACGCCAACUGAGCCGAAAAAAGAUUUCAAAUUUAACGAUGCCACCGGAAAGGAACUUUUGCGUUUUUCCCAAUCUCUUCCGGCGGGUCUCUGUGAUGACUUUGAGCUAUUUGUCACGCAAACAAACAUUUCCAAGAAAACUCCACAGCCACUGGUUCCGCUCCACAUCGCCUGGCACAACCUUCUUUGCGCAAAUACGCAACUGCAUGAGAGUGUUCUUAGGUAUGAACCCAUUGAUCUGCAGGAGGUCUAUUUAUACUUAAAGCACAUGGGACAUCGUUACGAUCCCAAGGAUUUAAAAACCUUUUUUGACCGACGGUGCAUUAUCUUUCGCUAUGAACUGGCCGCUCCCGGCAAGCAAGCGGAUCGUCAUGUGCGGAAGCACCCAAAGAAGCCAUCUAGAAGGAAGUAGGUUAAGAUUUCUUUGUAAUUAUACUUUAUACCCUUUACCGAAUGCUUUGUAUUAAUUUCUAGUAUAACCUUAGAAUGGAUUAUUGAGUAAGACAUUGUUAUUUGGCAUAUACCGCCUUAAAAUUAUUUCUUGUGAAAUUUAUCAACUAAAAAUGUAUUCCACACUGUCGAAACACGUAC